UGAUGAGAGAGAAAGAAGAGAGAGAAGGGGGCACUCGUGCGUAAUCAGAAGAAGCGUAGACUGCGAGAAUAUAUAUAUAUGUUUUCUUCGUCCUUCUCCCGUUUGCGUACGAUUUCCUAGCCGCCAGCAUCUGAUUCUAGCUUGUUUAAGGUCCUGUUUCCCUUUAAUGUGCUCUGACCAUACUGUAAGCUGCUGUCUGGACAGCUAGCACUUCCAUGUUCACUAUUUUUUUGGGCGAAGAUGAACUUGCGACCUGCUUUGUCUGCUCAGAGAUCCGGGGAAAAUCAACAUGGUGGUAUAAGCGUUUCUGGUGCAGUGGAAGACAAAUAUCCUAAAUAUCCAGAUUCCCUUCAGAUUUCAUCGGAAAAGGAACUGAUUCCUCAUUCUGCUUUCCCUAGACAAGCUUCCUUGGGUUGUAGCAGUGCGAUGGUUGGCCACAUAUAUUCGUCAUCCUCUGGAUUUCCCCCAAGUGUUCAUUAUUCACCUUUGGCAAGGAGUUGCCAAAGCUCUUCAUUCAUUUCUCAAUCAAGUAACGGAGUGUCUUUUCCCACCUUUGAGUCUUCUGGUUCAGGCAUUCCAUCUUCAGAGUUUGUUUAUCCCAAGGAUAACAAAGAUGAUAUCAACUUGUCUUGGAGUGCUGAAACAUUGCAGGAAUUUCUUAACUACUCUGAAAAUGUGCCUGUUCAGAAUGAUCAGGUGGGAUGCAGCAUUGAUGUUAUAGCUUCCGACGAACAGGAUAAAAGAACUGAUUGGCGGGAUUGGGCAGACGAUUUAAUCAAUGUUGAUGAAGCUCUGAAUUCAAAUUGGAGUGAUAUCUUUGUUGAUGUCAACCCGCCCAAUUCUAAAGGAAAGGUGAUAGAUCCAUCUGCUGAUGUACCUGCUGAUGUACCUGUUGAUGUACCUGUUGAUGUACCUGCUAAUCUGCUGCAAAUUUGUAUCUCUUCGGUAUCAACUGGGGAGAAGUGUCCUAUUGCCAGUCCAGUUUCUGCACCAACAACAAAAGCACGCAUGCGCUGGACCCCUGAACUUCAUGAAGCCUUUGUGGAAGCUGUUAACCAGCUUGGUGGAAGCGAGAAAGCUACACCUAAGGGUGUUCUGAGGCUUAUGAAUGCGGAAGGUCUUACCAUCUAUCAUGUAAAAAGCCACUUGCAGAAAUAUAGAACAGCAAGGUACAAACCAGACUCUUCUGAAGGAACUUCAGAGAAAAUUUUGACUCCUAUCGACGACAUCACAUCUCUGGAUUUGAAAACGAGUAUGGGAAUUACUGAAGCACUCAAACUGCAGAUGGAAGUUCAAAAACGACUUCACGAACAGCUGGAGAUCCAGCGAAAACUGCAAUUGCAAAUUGAAGAACAGGGAAGGUACCUGCAAAAGAUGUUUGAAAAUCAGAAGAAGAUGGAUGAUGAGAGGUCUACUAAAGGAACAUCAUCAUCAUCCUCAAACCCCCCUGAAAAAUUGCAGUCUACAGUUCCCAUCAAGGAACUGGAAUCCAUAGAGCAGGUAAAUAUUGACACCAUAGAUGAAAGAAACGAACCGAGCUUUGAUCCAGACAUGCCAGGUCCCACUAAACCUGCCAAACGUCCAAGAGGAGAGGAUGAAGAAGGCCAAUAGUUAACAUCCGAAAGAAGUGGCAUUUAUUUUAGAAUUUCAGACUAAGGAUAUUAUUCCCCCCAAAGAUAAAUGGGAUGUAGCUUAUAUAGGAUGCAUUUUCUUGGAAAAUUAACCAUUUUUCAGUAUUCUAUUAUUUAUCUAGUUGUACUCCUAUGUGAGGAGAAGAAAAAAGUGUCUUUUAUUUAUGUGCAAGAAAAAACCUCAUUCUUUGUUGUUUAGAUAGAGAACUAGAUCUCCAAUUCUCAUUCUGAGUGCAUUGUAUAUUUCAAUAACAUCCUCAAUAAAAAUGUUUAUGU